CACAACUGGGCGCGAACACAGCAGGGGAGGGUCCUGCCCGAGCCGGCUCCAGCUGCCCCUACCUGGCGCUAUGGCCUGCGGGCUGGCGCGCGACCUCCCCGCGGUCCCGCUCGCCCCCGCGCGUCCCCCAGGCUCAAAGAUGUCCUGAGCUGAGCUCGGACUCACGAUGUUCUGGCGCCGGCCUGCAGCGGGGACCCCGGCUUAUGAGCCCAAGAGGUAUUCCGAAGGGGCCGCCCCACGCCGCUCCACUCCUCUGCUGCCCAGGCUGCCCACGCCCGACGUCUGUACCGGGCGAGGCUCAGCCGGCGCGUGGUGGCAGGACAGCGGGCAUCUGCCCUACCUGUCCCCUGGGGUCCCGUACGGGCCUCGGGGCCGCGGAACCCUGCGCGCGCUGCUGCUGCCGCCGCUGCUGCAGUCCGGCAUGGCCCGGGGAGCGGGGACCCGGGUGACAUCGCAGCCCGCGGCCCGCGACGACCCUAACGCCGUGGGCGCGCUGCUUGGGGAGUUUCUACCCACCAAGUUCCGCGACUUCCUGCACCAGCUGCGCGCCAAAUGCGCGGAGCCGGAGGAGCACCUCCCCGCAGCACCCUCAUCGCCACAGUAUCCCAAGGGUGCUUCAGAGCACUGCGUAGGUUUUCGUCGUCCCAGCUGCUCAUUCCUCCCAUACCUGCGCCCCUCUGGAGAAGGCUCGAGGCCUCGCCGGCGCUACUGUCCUUUCCGGGUGAGAUUUGCCGACGAGACCCUGCAGGAUACAGCACUCCGCUACUGGGAACGCAACCGUGCAGUCCGGCAGAACAUCUUUCCAUGUGAGCAGACGACUUUGCCUGCAGUGUCUGUGUCAAAGCGGGUGCUUGGGAGUGUUGGGAGAUGGCUGGACAGUCUGCCCAGAGCCCUGCGUCCCAGGGUCCAAGACAGUAUGGCCGGCUCCGCAUACUGGAACUGCCCCCGAGUGUCAGCUCAGGAACCACAGCUCUACCUUUCUGAAGAUGCCACCAUGAGCAGCCGGCUACCCUUCAUCUCCAGGGCCACCACCCCAAGGCCAAGGGGAGGCCUCAGGACCUUCCUGGACACCCCUAACACUGUGGAGCAGGAGUCCUUUCUGCCCAGUUUGGUGCUGCAAUCCAUCCUGAAGCGAGGCCGCCCUAAGGGCUACCGGCUCCUCCUGCCAUCCACAAACCGGCAGCAGGCUCAGAGGUGACCGCCUGCUGGAGCCCUAACCCAGGGGCAUACCCAGGCCAGGCAAU